AUGAAUUGUUUCAUUAAAGACACGGUGAAGGAAAGUAUUUUCAACAUCUACACAAUCAAAGAAGAGUGCAUGUGGGAUGGAAAAUGUGCUCCAAAAUAUUACCGUGUUCAAUUCGAUCCUGUUUUAAAAGAUAUUACUUGCUCCUGCCUACUUUUUGAGUUUAGAGGCAUUAUAUGUAGGCAUUCGCUAUUGGUUCUAGGUCAGGAAGAUGUCCAUAAUGUACCCUCGAAAUAUGUACUUCGACGUUGGAGCAAAAACAUCAGAAGAAAGCACACACUUAUUAGAGCAACUUAUAGUUCUUUACAGCAUGAUACCAAGAUGCAAAGAUACCAAACUUUGUGUCAGCAGUUCUAUAAUCUGGCUGAGACUGCAUGUGAAUCUGAAUAUGCUACUGCUCAGUUGGAAAAAGAUUUGAAAUGUCUUGCUAAAAAGUUCGGUUUGAGUUCAUGCCUGAAAGAUAACAUCGUAAGUGAGGGAGGACAAUUAAGGUAUGAGAAUGCCGUCACAGAAACUCCAUCCUACAAUACAUGCGGCAGUAGUGACGUACUAGUUCGCAGUCCCGUCGCGGUUAAGCGAAAAGGCCGACCAAGAACUAACAGAUUGAAAUCAGCCGUUGAAAGUAGGUGUAAAAAGAAAUCAAAGGCUACUAAAAAAAAUUCUUCAACAACACUUUCUCAACCAAAUGAAACCACAACAUGUAAUGUCACACAAACCCACCAGGCCAUGAAAUAUGCAUCCCAAACAGUUCAGAUAUCCCAACUAUCUGAAGUUGCUCCUAAUGGAUUUAUGUCCUUGCUAUCUGCGGUCCAUAACACUUUUGAGAAUAUAUAA